AUGACGACUAGUAGCAGUACUUCACGGUCAGCUCCACCGCCGUCACUCCAAGAAAUACAGAGAAAAUUAUCCGUCCAUUCAACCGCUAGACCUAAAAAGGCCCUUCCAGUGUCACAACCACACGUUUCUGGUACCGAGUCUGACUCUGACUCAGCUCUGUCACCCGAUCUUCUCUCCCCAACAUCUCAGUCAUAUGGUUCUAACCCGAUCUCAGGCAGCACCUCUCAGCCUCCACUAUCUUCCAUCGCAGAGGGAAAAUCAGGAAGUGGCGAAGAGUCUGACGAAGACGAAGAGGAGGAGGAGGGUGGUUGGAGGACCGCAACAAAGGCCGAGAAUCCUCAAAGCUCUUUCGAUGAAAAGAUGAUCAAGUCUGGCUAUCUAUGGAAGAAAGGCGAGCGACGCAAGACAUGGAAAAAACGAUGGUUCGUCCUUCGACCUGCGCACAUCGCGUAUUACAAGACGAACGCGGAAUACCAACUAUUGCGCCUGCUGGAUCUCUCCGAUGUACAUUCAUGCACCCCAGUCACGCUCAAGAAACACACCAAUACGUUUGGUGUCGUCUCUACUGUUAGAACGUUCUAUCUCCAGGCUGAAAGUCCAGUGGAAGUCCAGCGGUGGGUCCAGGCCAUACAGGACGCUAGGGAGGCUCUUAUGACCAUUUCAACUCAAACGUCAUUACUAACACCCCCUAUACCGAUUCCUGGGGCUCCAUCAGCAUCUUGUCGCAUUACGGUCUCGCAUUCGCCUCCGAAGGUAUCCCACGCUCAAAAUAUAACCUCCUCGGACUCAGAGGAUGCUUCGCCAAGUGCGCAGCGGACCUACUCGACCUCGUCGCAGAAUCGCCCUGCGGUUUCUUCAUCGCCCACGCGAACGCAAGCCAUACCAAAAGAAGCGGCAAAGAUAGUCCUAUCUGGUUACCUGAUGAAAUGCGGGUCGAAACGACAUAAUUGGCGUAAACGGUGGUUUAUGUUAAAUGGCGAAAAAUUAGUCUAUUCGGGAAGUCACAUGGACACAAAACCGCACCGACAGUUUUCGUUUUCUGAGAUUCUCGAUGCCCUGGAGUUCGACAUGCGGAGUCACAAGCACAACGCACCCCUUCCACCUCCUUCGACUUCGCCAUUAUCAUCGUCAGCAGUACCCGAUGACUCGCAGGGGCACUUUACGUUCAAGAUAGUCACGACGAAAAGGACGCUACUGUUAUGUGCUCCAAGCGAAGAAGAAGAAAUCAAAUGGCUUAGUGCCAUUCGUGCUCUUAUAGCUCGACGAUCAGGCGCUGGCGUUGUGCCGGGAGACCCGAGUGGAAACGUCGGUAGCGCGCCGAAGCAACCGGCAGACGCUAAUCAGGGCACUGGGGGAGGAUCGGCAUCGAGUAGCAGUGGGUUGAGACACAAGGUCAGGAACUUGAGUAUAAGCGGACCGAGUGGCAUUGCCGCAGCGCCCAUUUCGGAGGACUAG